AUGUACAGAAGACUCUCAAAUAUUGAUCGAAUAAAAUUAUAAUUCAAACUAAACCAAUAAGUCAAGGAGUUACUAUCCAAAGGUGAAAUUGAUAUCGACAAUCCUACCCACUUUGACGUAAAGUAUUAUUGAAAUGUAGGUUAUCGUGGGUAUUUUAUCAAAAGAGUAAAAGUAAAGAAAUCAAAAUGAAUUGAACCUAUUAUCAUAAGCGUUUCACUCAAUUAAAUAUUUUACUGAGAUGCAAAAAACUACAAGUUAAGAGGAAAUGCUUAAUCUUUAUAGAGAAUUACAAUACAUUAAUGUGCCAGCACGUCGGACUCUUUUUCGUUUUGGGGCCAUUGGAAAAAAUUUUUACAUCAUCUUGAGAGGUAGUGUUUGGGUAUUUAAGUAUUUAUAAUUUUAAAGGUGUUAGUUGGAAAAAGUGGUUUGGGUGAUGACAAAAUUGAAGUGAUCGAAAAAAAAGGAGACAAAAAAAAUGAUAGAAAGAAAAAGGUUGAAAAGGAGUACGAUGAAGGUGAAGAAUCUGUAUAAUAAAUUAAUUUAUUAGAGGAUGAGGACGAAUUUUAGGACUUGGAGGAUGAGAAAAUGUUAGAACUGAAAUACCCCAAUAUGAUGAAGGUUGGUAAAAUAGAACAAGGAGGGAGCUUCGGAGAGAUAGCUCUUACUAAUUGUAUGCCCAGAUAAGCCACGAUUGUGUGUGCAGAAGAUUGCUAAUUUAUUAAAUUGUCAAGAGAGGCUUUUCAUACAUUCUUAUGUAACAUAUACAUUUAUAAUUCAAUUAGCCGAGUAUUAUAUUAGAAUUUAAAAUAAAAAUUUUGAAUUUUUGAAAUCAAUCAAUAUAUUUACUGAUUGGAAUGAUACUGACAUCAGUGUUAUCCAAUAUCAUUUCCAAUCCAUUGAUUAUGCCAUGAACAACGUUAUUUUUAGAGAAGGAGAAUCAAUUAAAGGAGUCUAUUUCAUAGUUUCUGGUUUGGUUGAGUUAUAAUAGAAGGGCAGAGAUUUAGAGAAUGCACAUUCGUCUAAAUAACCAAAUAAAUAAUAAAUUGUCAUCAACAGAUACAGCAAAGGCCAAUUGUUUGGAUUUAUGGAAAUUAUGAAUAAAUAAUCUCAGAGGGAAACCAAGGCAAUUUGCUUAACGGAAAAAGUCUAAACUUUAUUCUUAUAAGCUGAUGUAAAUCUUAUCUUUCAAUUUAGAGAUUUAAAUUAUAUUGUUGUAGAGGAGAAUCAUUGAAGACUCUAUAGUUGAUGAUGAAAAAGCUAGAUUACAUCAUUCAUAAGGCCAAUCAGAUUUAUGGGGAAAACUAAAGAUAAUCCAAAUAAUCUUUAUCGUUGAAUCUGGCUGAUAACGAUGCUCUCUUACAACGGAUGAAAACAGAAAAUCAACCUAUUUGUAAAACGAAUAGAAGUCGAAUUGUUAAACGAUCUUUAGACAUUCUUGCUGGAGUUUCCCAUUAAUCUUCUAAAAUUCAAAGCUAUUAUGAAAGUGUUUCUACAUUUCUUAAAGACCCAUAGGUUAAUUUAAACCUGAAUAAUCCUCUUAUUCAUAUUGAACCUAGCAAGCGUUUAAAAAUGUAAUAAUUGCAAUUCUAAUUGUAAUAUUGCCCUCAUCCACCUCUUACUUCAAGAAUUCCUUAAUUUUCUAGUGGGGAUUCAAAAUAGGUUUUACUUAGGCAACUUAAAUUACCCAGCAUAUUUAAAGAAUAAUAGAAAUAAGAUGAUCGUAUAUCUAUCCGAUAAUUAGAUCCUGUUAUUUGA